AUGAUUGAAAUACUAAACCAAACAUCAAACUUAUCGCUCCAAGAUAAGAAUAUUUCACCAAAUAGAGACACAUUACCACCAAGAGAUCCACAGCAUAAUCCUUUGAAGAUAUUAAAAUCUGCCCGUAAUUCUAAAAAGAGGCCGGCGUUCAUCGCAGGUCCCAUGGUUAGAUACUCUAAAUUGCCCUUCAGAGAAUUAGUACGAAAUUACAAUACAGACAUAGUGUAUACUCCAAUGAUAUUAGCCAGGGAAUUUGUUAGAAACGAUGUUGCUAGAUUAUCAGAUUUUACCACUAAUGCAGGCGACAGGUCUGUGAUUGUUCAAGUUGGCUGCAAUAAUGUCAAAGAUUUACUAAAAUUUGUGGAUAUGAUUCACCCAUACGUUGAUGGUAUAGGAUUAAAUUGUGGUUGUCCUAUAAAGGAACAAGUAAGGGAAGGUAUCGGUGCUGCAUUAAUGUCAGAGCCUGAAUUAGUUUCCGAGAUGGUUAAAGCUGUAAAAGAUAAAUAUAAAGAAUCAGUUGUUAUUGAAACCAAAAUCAGGAUACAUCCUGAUAUAAACGAGACCAUUAAAUUUGUGAAAUUAGUAGAAAAAAGUGGAGUAGACUUCAUAACUGUCCAUGGGAGAACUAAAAAUACUAGAUCAUCACAACCGGCCAAUUUUGAUGCAAUUAAAAUAAUCAAGGAGAGUGUAUCAGUCCCGGUAGUUGCAAAUGGUGAUUGUUUUUCGUUGAAAGAUGCACAUGAGAUAGCUGAAUAUACUGGUGUGGAUGGAGUUAUGGCGGUUCGUGGUAUUCUAGCAAACCCGGGUCUAUUCAGUGGUUAUGAAAAAACACCGUGGUCUGCAAUUGAAUUAUUUUGGGAUUUGGCGACAAGUUAUGGAUUACCAUUAGAAUUACACAACAUCAUCUAUCUGAAAUGUUAG